CCUUCUCUCCUCUUUUCUUCUUCUCUCUUCCCUCUUCAAUUCUUUCCACGGCCUGUUUCUGGCCAGCUUGCGGUGGACGCCGGAUCUGGAGAGCGGUGAGUUCAAGAUUGAGUGGAGCCGGCUGCUCAGCGGGUCGGGCAAUAAGGUACUCCGUACCCAGCCCCGAGUGCCCAAGGAACCGGGGUUCGGCAAACGACCGCGGCGCUGGGGUCUCCUUGUGGCCCGUUUCGGAGAUCACCAUUUCAGGGCCCUGGUCCCAAGAACGGCGUCUGCCACUUCCCUGUCGCAAUCACGAAAUUUUUCCUUCCAACACGCUGUGAAAAGGAAACCACGGAGCGGGCGUCGUCAUCGACUACGCUUCGAUUACGUCUCCCGACCAGGCAGCAGAUCUCGCAAUCGAGAGCCAACAAUACGACGCCGCGUAGACGCCUUCCUUCCGCCGCAUCGCGCUUUGAAAAAACAGCGACGACACCAAGCUACUGCGACUGUCUCUGCAACAGAUUUCCUUUGCGCAUUCUGCCUCAAUUUUCUUUGCUCCGUCAAUACACCACUUCCCACAAUGGCACGGAUACAGAUCCCGAUAGACGUCUUGACGUCGCGCCUGAACCUCAACGAGCGCUUCAACAGCGUGCGCUCUGGGUCGCUUGCCAGCCGCUUCUCGAAUAUGCGGCCGCUGUCCGAGUUCUUUGACGUCAAGCGCGUCAGCAAGCCCGCCAACUUUGCCGAGAUGCAGUCGCGCGUCAACUACAACCUCGGCCACUUCUCGAGCAACUACGCCGUCGUGUUCGCCAUGCUCUGCAUCUACGGCCUGCUUACCAACUUCUGGCUGCUCUUCGACAUCAUCUUUGUCGUCGUCGGCAUGUUCAUAAUCGGAAAGCUCGAGGGUCGUGACCUCGAGUUCGGCCAGCAGCGCUUCUCGACGGUGCAGCUGUACACGGGUCUCUACGUCAUCGCCAUCCCGAUCGCCCUGAUCUCGGGCGUCUUCGGCACCAUGAUGUGGCUGAUUGGCGCGAGCGGCGUGGUCAUCCUCGGCCACGCCGCCCUCUUGGACAAGCCGAUCGACGAGGCUUUUUCCGGGGAGGCGGUCUAGGUGGUCGGCCGCGAGCUCCCAAACCUGCGCCCCCAUGGGGAAGACCAUCGAGGCGCGAGAGGAGGACGUACGAGGCGCGCCACGGGGAUGAGGAGGAGGAGGAGGAGGAGAGGUGGUGGGAGCUUGGCCAACGGGUUGUGGAGGAGGUGGAUAGCCACGAUGAUUCGGAGACGCAGGGCGCCGGGCCGGCAACGAGGGCAUUGGGCC